UACAUAGCCGCCUCAAUUAUUCCUAAUAAGAUUCCCAACCAAACAAGAUAAUGCAUUAUUUCUUCUUCUUCAAACUAGUGUAGAUUAUUAUAUUCUGUUCAACUUUGUCACUCCCUAUUAUAUAACAUUUGAAACAUAUAAAAAGGUCCACACUAUAGUUUAUUUCUUCAUAUCCAUUUCCAUCAUAACACAUCAAUCACAUAAACAAAGUUCACCCCCAAAACAAACAGCAAAAAGAGAGAAUAGAAAUGGCUUUCAGUACCAACGGUUCUGAAGAAAGUGAACUGUAUCAUGCUCAAAUCCAUUUGUACAAACAUGUAUACAACUUUGUUAGUUCCAUGGCACUCAAAUCAGCCAUGGAACUAGGCAUAGCUGAUGCAAUCCAUAACCAUGGAAAACCAAUGACUCUUUCUGAAUUAGCCUCAUCUUUAAAACUCCACCCUUCUAAAGUUAACAUCCUCUAUCGAUUCUUACGCCUUUUAACACACAAUGGCUUCUUUACAAAAACAACAGUGAAAAGUAAUGAAGAAGAAGAAACAGCAUAUGGUCUUACACCAUCUUCAAAGCUUCUCAUAAGUGGAAAAUCGACAUGUUUAUCAACGCUUAUUGAAGGAGCGCUUCAUGCAAGUUCUAUAGACAUGUGGAAGUCUUCAAAGAAAUGGUUCAAUGAGGAUAAGGAACAAACUCUUUUUGAGUGUGCAACAGGAGAGAACUAUUGGGAUUUUCUUAACAAAGAUUCUGAAUCUGGUACUUUGAGUUUGUUUCAAGAUGCUAUGGCUGCUGAUUCUAGAAUGUUUAAGCUUGCUCUUCAUGAGAACAAGAAUGUGUUUGAGGGUUUGGAAUCUCUUGUUGAUGUCGCGGGUGGAACCGGUGCUGUCACAAAGCUUAUUCAUGAAGCAUUUCCUCAGAUCAAAUGCACUGUUUUUGAUCAACCACAGGUUGUUGGUAACUUAACUGGAAAUGAAAAUUUGAACUUUGUUAGUGGUGAUAUGUUCAAGUCUAUCCCUCCUGCUGACGCCGUUUUACUCAAGUGGGUUUUGCAUGACUGGAAUGAUGAAUUAUCCUUAAAGAUAUUGAAGAACAGCAAAGAAGCUAUUUCACAUAAAGGGAAAGAUGGAAAAGUGAUUAUCAUUGACAUAUCAAUUGAUGAAACAAGUGAUGAUCGUAGAUUAACUGAGUUGCAAUUGGAAUAUGAUUUGGUGAUGCUUACAAUGUUCCUUGGUAAAGAAAGAACAAAGCAAGAAUGGGAAAAACUCAUAUAUGAUGCAGGUUUUAGCAGCUACAAAAUUACCCCCAUUUCUGGCUUCAAGUCUCUCGUUGAAGUUUAUCCUUAAUUUCAAGUUGCAAAAAUCAAGUUAUGAACUAUGAAUUCAAUAAGUUUCUUUUCGGAGAGUCAAAUUAAUAGUGUUUAUUGUUUCCUGUUGGAAAUUAAUUUCUCAAACUUGUUCUUUGAAUAUAUAGAUAUCAUUGUUCCCUACUAAAAAAAGUAGGUGUUUUCUUUUAGCUAAUCAAAGAAAACAAUUCAUGGGUGAAUUAUAUAUGCAACCUAAAUAAUAUAUGAAAUUCACCCCUUAGUUA